CAUUGAUUUGUGUGGUUCUAACAUCUCUAAAUAUUAUUGUCAUUUUGUGAAACAAAUGUGUAUUAUAUAAAAGGGAAAUAUUUUCAUAGAGAUGUAGGAGAAGUCUGAUCACAAAUAAAAUAUUUGUAUACAGUCAGCUCCAUGUUUGGGACAAAGACAUAUUUUUUUUAUUUGGUUCUGUACUCCACAAUUUUAGAUUUGUAGUCAAUCACAUAUAAUUAAGUUUCAGAUUCUCACUUUUAGGGGUUGCAUGUAGUUUGCAUGUUCACCCCAUGUCUGCGGGGGUUUCCUUUAAAUUGCUCUUUGUUAUGAAUGUGUGAGUGAAUGGUGUGUUUGCCCUAGAUUGGCGGCCUGUGCAAGGUGUAUUUCUGCCUCUCGCCUAAUGCACGCUGGGAUAGGCUCCUGCAGUUUGUCAUUAAAUGCAACUAAAUUCCUGAAAUUCAUAUUUUGCAUUGUCAGCAGUACUAGAACUAUGUAUUUGAAUGCCAUAUCCCAUCAAUCUAGCCACUUGGUCUGCCCCUCAUCACAUUUCUGGGUUUUCCAGGCUAUGACAGACUGAAAAGGGUUUAUGAUACAGGUUGAUGAUAAUUUCUGCGGCGGUUAUGUAGCUUGGGUCCAUUCCAGCCACAUCAAAGGUCAACAGCCUUUCCCUCCUCUCCUGCAUGCUGGCUCAGAGGUGGGCAACCUGGAGAUGGUCAGGUCCUGGAGAGCUGCAGGGGAGACUCAUGUGAUGCGAGGGGAAGUCCCUCCCCCCAUGUCUGGGAUGUGUGGCAGCUCUCUGAAUGGAGAGAUGUACGUCUUUGGAGGCUGCAAUGAAGAUGGCCACACCAAUCAGCUUUACCACGUGAACCUCUUGGAUGGAAAAUAUACUUGGAGGAAAGUGAUGAACAGCAGUGGUGCCCCACCCACCCCACGAGAUAAGCUGUCCUGCUGGGUGUACAAAAACAGGCUCAUCUACUUUGGUGGGUACGGUGACAAGCACUUCAGACAGCUGAACAAUUCCAGGAGUUUCGUUGUGGAUGAGGCAUUAUGGGUAGAAGAGGUCUUUUGGGGAUGGAACAAUGAAGUCCACAUAUUUAACCCGAGCACAGCCUCCUGGAGUGAACCUCACACUCAUGGUCUUGCCCCAGCACCCAGGGCUGCCCACGCCGGUGCUACACUGGGCAGUAGAGGGUACGUGUGUGGGGGUAGAGUGAUGGAGACCAGGAUGAGUGACAUUCACUGUCUGGACCUAGAAUCUUGGACAUGGACUGAAAUUAGACCCAUGUCUGCAAUACCUAUGGGGCGCUCAUGGCACACGCUCACAGCAGUUUCGGACACCACCUUAUUUUUAUUCGGUGGAAUAAGCGUUGACUGUGCUCCACUGAGUGAUGGCUGGAUAUUUGAUGUACAGGCAAAGUUGUGGAGAGAGUUGGACCACCCACACAAGGACAAGCCAAGGUUGUGGCACACAGCAAGUCUAGGAAAGGACUCUGAUGUCAUUGUGUUUGGAGGAAGUCAGGAUGACAUCUUAUUUGUGGAUAAAGGUCACUGCAAUGACGCACUUGUUUUCCAGACACAACCAUACACCCUCCUCAGGUUGUGCGAGGAUUACAUGGGGAAGAAUCCCUGGGUUCUACAGGACCAGUUGUUGUGGUUACCACGAAAGCUAAAGCAAAUAAUAAUAAAGAGGAUUUCUUUUUUCAAGCCAACUGCAAAAUCUCAGGAAAUAAUCCAUGCUACAUAAAGAUAUAUGGACAAGCCAGCAAACAUUGCAAUAAUUCUAUGGCAUAUGGUUAUGUCAAUGGGUUGUCAUUAUGUUCAAUGUAAUUACAGGGAUUUCUAAAAUGAUAAGUGCAUGUGUACUGCAGCUGUGUCGCUGAAGACCGCUGAAGACGUUUUUACCGUUUAAAACAAUCGUUUCAAGGUUAUUAGAAUAAAAAAAACAUAACGCUAAUGUAAAAAGAGAUUUUCUUUUCUUUUCUAACUUUACAAAGGUUUAACUAGGAAGAUACGUAUUUAUGAAAAAUAACACAUUAAAUAAAAUCUAUAUUUUAUCCUGA